UUGAAUCAGAGAUUCAUACACCGGUACACAGACUCAAAAUAUUCUUCAACGUGAGUUUGUCUUUGCGUAAACGCUGUUGUCUGCACAGAAAAGGCAGCUAAAAAAAUUCAACAAAACUAAUACGUUUGCAUAGAUAUUUGUUAAUUGACUUCGAAUUAAUGGCGAUGCAUAAAAAUGUUAAAAUAUCAAAAGUGAAGUAAAUGGAAGUGAAUGAACGCAAAUAGCUUGGGACAAACAAAAUCAUUGCAUCUUGUGCGAGAAGUAAAAAAAAAAGAAAUACCAUUCGGUUGAAAGAUCAAAAUAGUGGUGAAUCGGCAGGGAAUUUCCCAAAGUGAGCAUUUGGUUUGAAAAAGGAUUUUCAACAGAGAACACAACCCAAAUUCCAACAUUAGCCAACAAAAGCAACUCAGCAACCAAAUUUCAGCGAUUAAAAUACCAAAAGAAACAAAAUUUUGAAUAGCAAACAUUUACAAACCCAAAUAGUAUCCAAAUACAAUUACAGUGUAAGCUAUAUGCGUGUCGAAUUUAAUCUGUUGUAAUCGCGCUAGCACGAAAUAUUUUAUCACUAUCAGAAGAUUGUAGUCGGAAAAACGGCCCGGAACAUAGCAUUUCAAAUUAAACAUUCUACUCGAAAAAAAAAAAAAAUUUAAAAUAUUUUUAGAAAAAAACGUAUUUUUCUGUCUCGUUAUGUUUCCAUUGAGUUAUGCACGUUUGAAUGCAACAAAUUCAGUGAUUUGAAGGAGAGAGUAUGUGUAUGUGCGGUGUGUGCGUUACAGAUUUAUAGUGGAUAAGUUUUUUUAGUGUGUUUCGAGUUUAAAAUUCGUGAUUUAGCUCGUUUUGUGGUUAUUUCAACUGGUUUGUGUAGUUCUGUCUGUCGUCGUUCCUCACCGAACUUGAUGUAUUUUUAAUUCGUUUGGUUCACCUCGAAAAUUACACGAUUUCAACACUGUGAACGAGAGUUUUCUGCCAUUUCGCUUGAUCACUCACUCUGUCUAAUAAACGUGUGAACAUUGAAGGUGUUUUUAAUGUGCACAACGAUAUUUACGUGAUUGGCGCCGACCAUCGUCACUGACAGCACCCAAAAUUAAACGGCAAGCGUGGCGUACCAAAGAGUAGGUUUUAACAUAGGCUCGUUGAGCCUGUGCAAUGCAUGCGAAUGUGACUUCAGAUCGUGGAGGUGGUAGCGGUGGAGGAUCAUGGCGUCUGCCCCCAGACGAAACUCUACAAGUUUCAGAUCCAAAAGAAAAAUUAGACGAGCUCGAUUAUGGCGAAACACACAACUGGAAGAGUAUAAUAUUUUCCUUACUAGUAAUCGGCUUUGUGAUAGCUGGCAUCGUAACUGCAAUUUACCUAUUAGGAUAUGUAGACGAGCUGCUGUAUUGGUCAGGUCGUCGCAUGCUUUUAGAUGAAUAUUUACAAAAUGACCUAUCACCGAAUCGUUUGCAACCGACAUGGGUUUCUCGUACCAAAUUUGUAUUCCAAUCGGAUGAUGGCGGUCUAGCCGUUUACGAAACAACAAAUAACUCCGUUAAAACACUUGUUACAAAUCACACACUGCGUCAGCUUAACAUUAAGGGAUAUCAUUGUUCGACAAAUCUGGAAUUUGUACUGUUCAAACAUAAUGUUAAGAGCGUUUUCCGGAAAUCGUUUACAGCAUUUUAUACGGUUUAUGAUGUCACAAAAGAUCAUCAUAUGCCAGUAAGAUUGAAAGCAUCGCUAAAAGUACAACGAACCCGUUUACAAUAUGCAGCCUGGUUAGGAAAUACGACGUCACUCGUUAUUGUCGUCGAUAAUGAUAUUUAUUUAAAGCAGUCGCCAUCAGAUGAAGACGACAUUCGCAUUACGAAUACCGGAAAAAUUGAUUUAAUUUACAAUGGCGUACCUGAUUGGUUGUAUCAAGAGGAAAUAUUUACAACACCUGAAGCUAUUUGGAGUUCAGACGAUGGAUCUCAUCUUAUGUAUGUUGAGUUUAACGACACUCAAGUCGGUACAAUGGUUUAUCCAUGGUUUGAUUCCGGUGCUGUUAUGGCUGUGCACAGUUUUGGUAGUACAUCGUUUCCAGAAUCACGUACGGUGCGAUAUCCAACACCAGGUUCAAAAAAUCCAGAAGUUAAACUAUGGAUUGUUGAUAUUAGCAACACAAGCACAAUACACCAAUAUCCAGUUACGCCUCCCAUUACACUCGAUGGACAAGAGGUUUAUAUAACAUCGGCAGGAUGGGUGGCUGGUACAAAUCAUAAUAUAUCUGUCGUUUGGAUGAACCGUGCUCAGAAUAAGAGUGUGAUAUCAACAUGCUCGGAACCGGACUGGAAAUGUAUCGAGACGCAUUCCGAACGGGCACCCGAAGACGAAUGGCUGGACAUCUUGCCGCAUCCAAUCUUCUCACCGGAUGGUGAUAGUUUUUUAAUGUUGGCGAGCAUUCAAGAGACUGGAACUGAACAUUUUACUCAUAUCAAACAUGUAACAAUAACUCAACAAAGGAUCAGCGUUAUUUCACAUGGCCGAUACGAGCAAGUAGCUGUCAUAACAAAUGGUAGACAUCAGGUGCUGAAAAUAUUAGCAUGGGAUACGAAAAACCAUUUAGUGUACUACCUCGGAACACAAGAUAGAAAACCGGGCCAACAACACAUGUACGUUGUCAAAGAUCCACUGAACAAGGACAUUGGAAAAAUGGAGCCGCAAUGCAUUACGUGUGAUAUUGAAAAUACGUUGUGGAGUAGCCGACGACUGUAUAGAAAUUGUUCAUACUUUGAUGUUUAUCUAAGUCCACUGUCUUCCAUAGCAACCGAUUACCGUGUCGAACAUUACGUUUUGGAGUGUCAGGGGCCCACAUUACCUGUAGCCGGUGUACAUUCAAUCAAAACGAAUAUAUUACUGCAAGAGCUAUAUAAUACGGCAAAUUCAACGUUAAGACAACGUCUCGAUAAACUAGCCUUGCCAAAGAAACAUUCAUUCGAAAUAACCUUGCAGCAUGGUACACGUGCUCAAGUUCAAAUUUUGUAUCCACCAAGUUGGCGAGAAGAAUUGCGCGAUGCUGCUUUUCCCGUCUUAGUUGAAGUAAAUGGUCGACCGGGAGCAUCGUCAAUAACCGAAAAGUUUCAAAUUGAUUGGGGUACAUACAUGUCGAGUCGUAACGAUGUCAUUUACAUUCGCUUAGAUGUUCGUGGUUCGAAAGGACAGAGUAAGCAAGCGCUCUAUCGUCAUUUGGGCGGUGCCGAAGUUGAAGAUCAAAUCGAUGCGCUAAGCCACUUGUUGUCAAAUAUGAACUACCUUGACGAGACCAGAGUUGGAAUCUGGGGAUGGGGCUAUGGUGGCUAUGUCACUGCAAUGGUACUUGGCGCACAACAACCGGUCUACAAAUGUGGCGUUUCUGUUUCACCAAUCACCGACUGGCUAUUCUACAAUUCGGCGUUUACAGAACGAAUUCUGGGACUGCCGAAUGAAAAUUAUAAAGGUUACGUUGAAGCUGAUGCAACACAACGAGCAAGACAUAUACCAUCGCAUUCGUUCUUUUUAUUACACGGUUUAGCCGAUUCAUCAGCUCCAUAUUUGCAUGGAACGCAGCUGGCACGUGCACUCGCUAAAGCCGGAGUUAUAUUUCAAUAUCAAACGUACGCAGAUGAGGGUCACGAAUUGAGUAACGUCUUGGAACACGUGUACAAAUCAAUGGAACACUAUUUGAAAGACUGCUUAAGCUUAGAUCCGGACGAUGAGAAAACCGAAGCAGAUAGUUCAGCAUAAGAAACAUUCUCUUUUUUCCUUAUGUGAUACACACAGCUGUAAACGAAUUUGAUACAUUUUAAAAUGACAAGAUUUUAAUAGAAAAUACUAGCUCACAUCCGUAACGAAACAGAAAAAAAACCAAAGGGAUGAAAAAAAAUAUUUAAGAUUUAUGUGAAAUCGAUUCUCUCCCCGUGUGAAAAUGUAGUUUUGCUUUUGACAAAAAAGGAGAAGAGUGCGUGACGUGACAACCAUGACAACGACCGACUUCAAUCGGUGAAAAGCAAUAAACUCUAUCAUCUUUCGUGUGGAAACACAUUCGAAAAAAAACCGACGAUUCUGUGACACAUGUGAAACACAUCAAUGUGAAAUAUAAUUGAUCAUUGAGUUCGAAUGACGAAAUUUACACGAUAAAAGCAUCUAGAGAAAGAGUUUAAUAGUGAUAAAAAAUAAAUAUCAAAAUAUUUUCAGAUGAAAUAACAUAAGUGAAGAAAAAAAGAAACCGUAAAAACAGAAUUAAUCCAGAUUUGAUGACAUACAACUAACGACAACGAUGCAAUGCAAAAUACAUUCAAUUUCAAUUUGUAUUCUCUGCCAAAGCUGAAAAGAAUUUGUUUUGGUAGUAAAACAUCAACGCAAACAAAGGAAAUGCAGAGAGAAAAACGAAAAUAAUAAGUAAUUCUAUAAAGGAGAGUGGAAUUAAAGAGAAAACAAGAACAUAUAAAAUGUUAACAUAAACAAGUGCUUUAAAAUCCAAACAAAACAGAAAAUCCGCUACUAACAAGCUGAACUUAAACCUUCAAUCUUCAUUGACUGAACAAAGACGAAUGAAAAAUGUGUUUAUGUUGUGUUUUUAGUUAAUUUUAAAAAAACUUCAUUUCUUCUUUGAAACCAGUCACCAUAUUCUUCCACUGUAUUCACAUUCUGAAUUAGAUAAACAAAUAUCAAAGCAUACGAAGUGUGCAAAGGUUUAGUGUGUAAUUGCAUUGCAAUCGACAUUCGAGGUAGAUUGAAAAGUGUAUAACGAAGUGAAGCGAACGAAGCUUUUUGCAAAAUUGAUGCAGACAUUAAGACAGCGAAAUAUAAUAAAGUGAGAGCCAACUAGUGGAGUUUCCAUAUGAGAAUAUUAUUAAUUAUCCGUGUAUCAUUAUAGAAUUCGAUUUCCUGUUGUUUCGAUGCGCCGAGGUGUGCGAAUGAUGAAAUAAAAGUGUGAGCACGCGCACGCUUCCGCACACAAUUCCAUCAAAAUGAAAUGGAACACAAUUCCAUUAACAGCAUCCUUCAUUCGCCUCGAAACAAUACACAAUUGAUCUUAUUCGACUUUAAACUAGUUGAUUUAAAGUGCUUUUUUUAUUACAAACGUUUCGUUUCCGUUUUCCAUUUACGUGCUCGAGAAAAUAUUGCACAAACAAAAUCGAGCAUUAAAACGGACAAAAACGGGUAGGGAAUCGAAAUCCGUUCGAACACAAAUUUUCGUUCGUUUAAAACGCAAGAGAGAUCGAAUACAGAUUUUAUUCGAAAAUAAUUGAUUCGAAUGAGUGUUUGUACAACUGAGAGUUUAUAGAAUACAAGUAUUUGUUGAGCGGUUCGGAUACAUGAGAAUGAGAGCUCAAUGGAAAAAUGAACGCUUGCGUUUUUAAUGAGGAACAAAAAAACUAAAUAGCGAAUUGUAAAUAAUAGUGAAAUAGUAUAGUCGAGAUUAUUUAAUCAAACGCGCGAAUUGAAAGUGGCAACAGCGUUUUAGAUAUUAAGUGUAAAUUGAAAAUAAAUAGAACACAGACUAACAGUGAAGAGUAAAAACUUAGAUAAUGAAAUGGUUGUGAUUGUAUAGAUGUAGCGAUAAAAGUAGAUGAAAUUUCUCUCUCUCUCUCUUUCUUUCUCUGUGUAUGCAAUGCAUAUUUUAAGCACAUCAUUUGGACAAAAUCUCUGCGCUUCAAGGGGCGAAGCAUAUUGUUAUAUUGCGACUUUAUUACUUAAAAUUUGCUGAAGUAAAUGAGUUAAAAUACACACGGACUAGAAUCUAAUUUGGAAUUGAACAGAAUUGAGUGGAAUUGAAAGAAUUUAAUCUAGUACUGCUUCGCCCCUUGCUUCGCUUGCAAUUUAUAAAAAGCAUUGAUUGGUGAUCAUUGUUGCAUUGGGAUUUAUCACAUGUAGAAUUGUGUGCAAAAGUCCAUCUUCAAGUGAAGUGCGAUGGAUGAGACGAUAGAAUUUCAAAAUAACAAUGAUGCGAGAUUGAUUCCAAAGCACCAAUAUGAUAAAUCAUAUACUCACAUUGAUUUUGAUUUGUCAUCCUUUUAUGCGAUACUAUAUAACCGAAAUGACAGGCCAAUAAAUUCACACAAUGACGUGUGUGGGUGUGGGGUGUAUGUAUGUUUGCACGGGCAACAAGUUAUUAUAUUCAGUCGCAAAUUGUCGGGAAUUUAAAUACCCAACCAUAAUCAUCGAUAUGGUUUCAUGUGUCAUUGUCUCAUUAUUUUAAGCUUAAUGCAUUGUCACUUCAAUCACACUUAACAAUGUCUCUCUAAUCAUAGUCGACAUUUGCUGAGGAUACGGAAAACUAAGUAUGUCGUAACUCAAAAAUGGCAAACGUGUCGCUGAACGACAUACUCACACAAAUUCAUAAUGCAUUUUAAUGAAAUCAAAUCGAAGUCAUACCGACACAUGCACACUGAAAAAUUUCCUGAACAAGUAGCAACCAAUGUUAUUCUUAUAGAUAAAAAGUGAAUUGAUGAUAGAAACGUGUUACAUUGUUGCAAUGCGGGAAACGGACAAUCUCAAAUCUCAAAUGUUGAAUGGCAGAAGUGCAAAUACAUCAAGACUUGUGAUUUCUUGAAUAACCAUCAACAAAUGAUGAUGAUUAUUUAAUGAAUAUUUCAAGGUAUGAGAAAUAUGAACGAAGACCCGUUAAAUUACAUUUAGAAUAUAUUGCAAAUGCUGAAUCACAAUGUUAUGUGUGGAAUAGCAGGAGAGGGAGAGGGAAACCACUUUCGCACUUUCUCGUUACUGCUGAGUAUGUACUUAAAUCAAGCAAACAUUAAUCAUGAAUAUUUAACAUGAUUUUGAACUUUGAAGUACCAUUUCAUCAUGUUAGAAAUGUAAUGAGUAGGGUGUUAGGGCUAGAAAUAUUGUUUUAAUAUUAUAGAUUGAGGCAACUUGUUGUGUACGUCGUACCUGUAAUAUGUAAAUGUAUAAACACAGUGAUAGUUUUUAGAAAUGUAUGUGUGCGUGCGUGAAAGUGGAUAAUUGAAGCGUACACCUACAAACUUGAAAAUCUCUAUCUAUGCAAUAAUAAUCCCGACAAAAUUAGUCAAAACUGAAUGCAUUCUGUUUGAAUCACUUAGACGAGCCCAUUUUAAUUGAUUUAAAGCAAUUGCAAUACACACACACAAGCCAAUAGAGUUAGAAAAUGUUACAUUCUGAGCAGGAUACCAAAAAUCUUAUGUGAAAUCGAGAGGGGUGCAUGAGAUGAAGGAGCAAAAUAUCAGAAAUUACAAUAAGAUUUAUACCAUUAUGGAUAAAUGGACGCGCAUCACUAUUCUAGACUCACACAAAGACACAUACACAUAUAAGAGCAAUCUCGGUUGUAUAGUCAAUUAAAUCAUUAAAUUAGCAUUUAGCCAAUUAAAAUGCUACUCUCUCACAAUACUCUUGAACUUUGCCAACUGAUAACAUAAAUGUUCUGAAUAUUCUGAGGAAUUUAAUGAAAUUCUUUCACCACUCAAACAAAUAUUGUACAUAUUUUGCUGCAUUAUUUUAUGAAGUAAAUAGAGAAAAACAAAUGGAGAGAAAUAAAUAAAAAAGAAACAAGUCUUCGAUUUUUUUUAAAUAAGUUUAAUUUUGAUCAGUACUUCUGAACAUAAAAUCCUGAUCUAAACGGCUUUAAACCCCAAGUGAAGAAAAAUAAACACGUUAGUACGAAUGUAAGAUAGAUAAGGGUGAAUUUCAUGUAAAAUGUUGUAAACUUUGAAACGACCCACUAUACUACAUUAUUCUGCCAAACUCUGCCACAUACACACGAUUUGCAGUAUUGUUCACAAUUUAAAAAAAAUACUUUAUUCGAUAGCACUUACGUUGCAAUUGGCACAGUUUGGAAGAAUAAAAUGACAAACUUUCCAUGUAAACGUGUGCACGAUACACACGUUGACUCUCAGCUGGACACACUUAAUCACACAUAAUUUUUGUAAGAAUCAGUAGCAGGUCAAUAUAAGACUGCCCUGUAGCAUACACACUGAAUGUACAGAAAAUGCAUUGAAACUAGUAUCUAUCACACACUCAAUAUGCAAUCUCAAAUAUUUAUCUGCAAACUCCGAAGUUUCAUGUGCAGUUGGUGCUUGGCAUAUAUGCGCUCUCUUCAAAUACUUUUGAAUUGAGAUUACAAUAUAUUCAUGGUGAAUAUAAAUCGAAGUUAUGAAUAUAAUAAUAAUACAAGGAUUAGAUGGUAGAUAUUUUACAAGUAAAACACCAAUAAUUAAUAACAAUACAUUGAACAAUGUAAUUUCAAUUAAGAUAUAUGGCGAUUAAAUUUAUUGAUUUCGAUCGGUAAUUCCAAUAAAAUCUACAAAAAAGAAUCUUUUAUUCGCAUGUGUAUGUAUGCAGCAUCAGCUUUUUUCACUCAAAGAAAACAAAAAGCAAACACACCUCAAAUUCGUCGGUAAUAUGUCGAUUCUAUUAAGUGGAAGCAAUAAAAUCACUAUACUUCCUGCACUUUCUCUGAAUUUAAACACUUUGAUCGGCUUUUGAUCUAACUUAAAUAUUCACUAGUCUGAUAAGCGAUAACAUUUAGUUGAAUUAGACAAAUUAUUUAUUUACAAAUUGGAAUGAAAUUGAAAUAAAAAAAUAUAUG